GUGUUGAAAAAUCUCUAGAGCUUCGGAAAGCUGAAUGGACUAAACAUGAAGAGCUUGAAAGCCAAGUUCAGGAAGAGCGAUACCAACGAGUGGAACAAGAAUGAUGACCGGCUGCUCCAGGCUGUGGAGAACGGAGAUGCGGAGAAGGUGGCCUCCCUGCUGGGCAAGAAGGGGGCCAGUGCCACCAAGCAGGACAGCGAGGGCAAGACCGCCUUUCAUCUUGCUGCUACGAAAGGGCAUGUGGAAUGCCUCAGGGUCAUGGUGACACAUGGCGUGGACGUGACUGCCCAAGAUACUGCUGGACACAGUGCUUUGCACCUCGCAGCCAAGAACAGCCACUAUGAAUGCAUCCGGAAGCUCCUUCAGUCUAAAUGCCCAGCCGAAAGCGUUGACAGUUCUGGGAAAACAGCUUUACAUUAUGCAGCGGCACAAGGCUGCCUGCAAGCCGUGCAGGCUCUCUGCGAGCACAAAAGCCCCAUAAACCUCAAGGAUUUGGAUGGGAAUAUACCACUGCUGCUUGCAGUACAAAAUGGCCACAGUGAGGUCUGUCGCUUUCUCCUGGACCACGGAGCAGAUGUAAAUUCCAGGGACAAAAAUGGAAGAACUGCUCUCAUGCUGGCUUGUGAGAUCAGCAGCUCUAAUAUCGUGGAAGCCUUAAUUAAAAAGGGUGCAGACCUAAACCUUGUAGAUUCUCUUGGACACAAUGCCUUACAUUAUUCCAAACUCUCAGAAAAUGCAGGAAUUCAAAGCCUUCUAUUAUCAAAAAUCUCUCAGGAUUCUGAUUUAAAGACACCAACAAAACCAAAGCAGCAUGAUCAAGUCUCUAAAGUAAGCUCAGAAAGAAGUGGAACUCCAAAAAAACGCAAAGCUCCACCACCUCCUAUCAGUCCUACCCAGUUGAGUGAUGUGUCUUCCCCAAGAUCAAUAACUUCAACACCACUUUUGGGAAAGGAAUCUGUGUUCUUUGCCGAACCACCCUUCAAGGCUGAGGUCAGUUCUGUCCAGGAAAACAAAGACAGACGAAGUGACAGCACCACAGGUGCUGAUAGCUUAUUGGAUAUAAGUUCUGAAGCUGACCAACAAGAUCUUCUUGUUCUGUUGCAAGCAAAAGUCGCUUCUCUUACCUUACACAAUAAGGAAUUACAGGAUAAAUUACAGGCCAAGUCACCCAAGGAGGCAGAAGCAGACCUGAGCUUUGACUCCUACCAUUCCACUCAAACUGACUUGGCCCCACCCCUGGGCAAACCUAGUGACAUCUCUCCCCCAGACUCCAAAUCCUCUCCAUCCGUCUUACCACAUUCCUCGAGUAAAUCCACUCGCGACGGCGAUGGCCGAAUUCAGCAACUACAAGAGAUUUUGCAAGACCUGCAGAAGAGACUGGAGAGCUCCGAAGUGGAAAAGCAGCAGCUCCGGGCCGAGCUCCGGUCCAGAAGGGCCGAAUCGGUGUGCGUAAACAGUGCAGAGAUUUCCGAGAACGGCUCCGACCUCAGCCAGAAACUGAAAGAAACCCAGAGCAAGUACGAGGAGGCAAUGAAAGAAGUCCUCAACGUGCAGAAGCAAAUGAAACUGGGCCUCGUCUCGCCGGAAAGCGUGGACAGUUAUUCGCGUCUCCGAGAGCUAAGGAUCACCGAGGAGGAAAUAGAUGUGCUAAAGCAGGACCUCCAGAAUGCAGUGGAAGAAAGUGAAAGAAAUAAAGAGAAGGUGAGGGAGUUAGAAGAAAAACUUGUAGAGAGGGAGAAAGGUAUGGUCAUCAAGCCUCCCGUGGAAGAAUACGAGGAAAUGAAAAGUUCAUAUUGCUCUGUUAUUGAGAACAUGAAUAAGGAGAAAGCAUUUUUGUUUGAGAAGUACCAAGAGGCCCAAGAAGAAAUCAUGAAAUUAAAAGAUGCCCUAAAGAGUCAGGCGACCCAGGAGGCCGGGGAUGAAGCCGGGGACAUGAAAGAGGCCAUGAACAGGAUGAUAGAUGAACUCAACAAACAGGUGAGUGAGCUGUCCCAGCUGUACAAAGAAGCCCAGGCGGAGCUGGAGGAUUAUAGGAAGAGGAAAUCUCUAGAAGACGUAACGGCCGACUAUAUCCAUAAAGCGGAGCAUGAGAAACUGCUGCAAGUGACGAACGUAUCCAGAGCUAAGGCAGAAGAGGCCCUGUCCGAAAUGAAGUCUCAGUACUCAAAGGUGUUGCAUGAGUUGACCCAGCUCAAACAGCUGGUGGACGCCCAGAAAGAGAACUCCGUCUCCAUCACAGAACAUUUGCAAGUGAUAACCACGCUGCGGGCUACCGCCAAAGAGAUGGAGGAAAAAAUAAGCAGUCUCAAAGAGCACCUUGCAAGCAAGGAAGGAGAAGUGGCGAGGCUGGAGAAACAGCUCCUAGAAGAGAAGGCCGCUAUGACGGAUGCCAUGGUGCCCAGGUCUGCCUACGCAAAGCUCCAGUCGUCGUUAGAAGGUGAGGUGAGUGUGUUGGCCUCAAAAUUGAAGGAUUCGGCAAAAGAGAAAGAGAAGGCCCAUUCAGAGCUUACCCAGAUAAGAAGUGAGGUGUCACAAAUGAAAAGGGAAAAGGAGAAUAUUCAGGCUCUCUUAAAGGCCAAAGAGCAGGAAGCAAAUGAACUUCGUCAACAAUUCCAGGACACUCAGGAAGAACUGGAAGACCUGAAGAGACAGUCGGAGAACUCUUCCAAACUGGAGGAGGAUAAAGACAAGAAGAUCAAUGAGAUGUCGAAGGAAGUCACCAAGUUGAAGGAGGCCCUGAACAGCCUCUCGCAGCUCUCAUACUCUGCAAGCUCAUCCAAGAGGCAGAGUCAGCAGCUGGAAGCACUGCAGCAGCAGGUCAAACAGCUCCAGAACCAGCUGGCUGAAUGCAAGAAACAACACCAGGAGGUCAUAUCUGUUUACAGAAUGCAUCUUCUGUACGCUGUGCAGGGCCAGAUGGACGAAGAUGUCCAGAAAGUACUGAAGCAAAUCCUUACCAUGUGUAAAAACCAGUCCCAGAAGAAGUAAAAUGGAUUCCUUGGCAGGACACUGCCCCCUUGUUGUCCAUCUUUGCGUUAGAUCUGGAGUUGUUGGCAGCCACUGCCAUUGUGCUCACUCGUGGUGUGCGCCGUGGCCUCACAGAGCUUUUUCCCUUUCCAAAGGCAGCUUUCUGAGGACUGGGCCCUGGGGGAGACUGUCCUCAGAACCACUUAGAGACCUCAGCAGCCGAGGUGACACACCGUGUUACCCCUUCAGACUCCGGAGCUGGGGUCAGCCACACCCAGGGGUCUGGUCCUGGUGCUGGCAGUGGGCACCCUCCUCCGUGGCUGACCGGCUGAGGGGCUUCGUGGUCCCAGAGGGAUAUGCUGACACCUGCGCUCCACGUUGCUUUCGUUCCCACACUCAGGCCGUGCCAUUCAGCACCGGAGGGCUCUUUUUGCCUUUGGUUUCCAAUCCUAAAACAUGAUUCAACUUUUGGCCAUAUUAGUCUGGCACUAGUUAUGUGGUGCAUGCUGAAGAGCCUUUAUUGUGAUAGCCUGUGGAUUUUAAAAGCUCUCAUUCCAUCAUUUCCCCCCAUCUGCCUUAUAUAUAGCUCAUCACGCUGCUUGCUCCUUGGUCCUGUGGUGUGAUGAGACUAUUCACUAAAAUCCGAAGUUGAAAAACAAAAGCAAAUUGUCCUUAGAAGUUCUUUUUAAAGCAAAUUGUUGACAUAGUGCAGAUUUUCUAUGCAAACUGGCCUCCUGCUGUUAUCCGUGAAGCUCAGGAAUCCAGACGUUUGUGUUCAACAAGGGACAGUAAACUGCGUGUUUACAGCCAAAAGAAAUGCCUCAUGGUUCUUCACCUCAAUUUUUUAAAAAGUGUUUUUUUUUCUCUACAAUAUUUUUAUUGGCUCUUAAAGGUGUUUUCAUAGCUAAACCCCUAAAUAAGUGAAAUCUACAUUAGACUCUAUUAACAAAGUAUUUUUAGGUAACCGUGCUUGUGACUUUUUUUUAAAGCCUAACUUUUUCUUCAGAGUUUUCCGCUAUAGCCAAGGGUAGUUGUGUAUUUAUUCCUUUUCCAAACUCAACAUGAGCUGCCACCGGUAUCCCUAGACAUUCUGCCAUUGUGUCCUUAGAACUGUAGCACAUUUCUGAAUACGGUAAAUCCUCCUUUUACCCACUGAGUAUUUUUGAAUGCCCCAGCUCUACCAGUGCCCGUAAAAAUGAUCUCUGGAAGGACUGUUAGUACCGAUCACUUUUCCAACGUUGAAACUAAAAAUCCCAAUAUGGUACACAUGACGGUGCAUAGCAAAGGUCAUGGGGGAAAAUAUUUCUGUUCACUUUACUUUCAGGUUAAAAGUGUUUUUGAACUUGAUCGCAGCUUCCUUAUGGCAUUGUUCCUAAGGAGGGAUGUCAGCUGAGCAUGGACCUCUCCGGGGUAUAUAAUGGAAAGGGCAGAGGCCUGCCCUGACAGGGCCCAUGUGCCGUAGGGCCGCCUGGGCGCACAGGGUGCUAGGCUGUUUCAGAGGAUGUGUUCAUCUCUAUUGGAUGAGGACCAACGACAGCAAAGCAAAAAUGGCUUUCAAGCUUGGUGUUACUUUUCUUAAGUUGUGUAUAGUUCAGCAGUUUCGAAAAUGCUCCAAAGAAAUGUGAAAGGACUUUUUGUCACAGCCCUUAAUACAAGCAAACCCCUCCUUCCUACCCCCCGCACAGAAAUGCUGCAGAGUAUAAAACUUGAGACAUUUUGUAGGACGCCUGACAAAGUGUAGCCUUUUAUCUUGUUUCAGGAUGCAUAUUUAUUUUAAGUACUCUGGUUAAAUAUUGAAAAGUUAUAUGCUGUAGUUUAGCAUUUUUGCCUUUGUAAUUUACAGAAGGUAUUGCAGAAAAUAAACUUUUGUUUCAUUUUGCA